AUGGGAGCGCUCGCCUCGGCCUACAGUGACUCGGUGCCCGUUGAGCACCUUUUGGGAUACCAGAUAGUCGACAACAAAAAGAUGAAUUCACUUGGCAGUUCUACCAAAUGGCCGUCUUACGAUUCGCUCCCCUCCACCUCGAGCUUCCUCUUCAGCGAGAGCGAGCAGACCGAGGAUGAAACGGACGUCUUCUCGGAGGGGGAAGGGGAGGGCGGAAUGAAAGGCUCCCUCUCGGCCGACGAGGAAGUGACACUUUCAGGAAACUACCUCGCUUUCCCAUCUCGCCCCGAUCAGCUGCACUCAAGGUCCAAGCACGACCAGUCCAAGCUGUGCCACGACCCGGCUAAACGUCCAGACCCGGCCUUCGCUGCCGGAGCCGCCGCGCUCCGGUCGUCCUCGGCAACACCGGGGGACCUGGCCUUCGCUCAGAAAUGCGCCGAUUUGCACAGGUUUAUCCGUCCUCUGUGCGAGCUUCUCUGCGGUUUAAAAACGGGGCGAUUUGAGAGAGGUUUAAGCAGCUUCCAGCAGAGCGUGGCCAUCGACAGACUGCAGAGGAUACUGGGAGUCCUGCAGAAACCUGAAAUGGGUGAGAAGUACCUUCAGAACCUGAUGCAGAUAGAGGUGCUGCUCAAGAUGUGGUUUCCUCAGAAGGCGUUCAAGUCCACAGACACACCAAACCAGACCACCACUCCCAUGCUCACCCCCCACUGGCACCAAAAUCAGCUCCACAUCCCAGUCAAGAAGAGGAAGCUGAGCUGGUCAGACCCCGACGACGCUGGCAGAACUCCAACCAAGCGCAGCCACCAUCAACGCGGGACACACGAGAGCCGGCAGGCCGCCAGCACCCCCGACACCAUUUCACGUCUUCCUUUAUCGCCUGAAAAACGGACUCUAGAGGAGGAGGCGGCCGGGGAGCACUGCACGACCGGCCCGGAGGUUCCAGACAGGACUGGCCCUUUAAGAGGGGUGUCAUAUUUAUGUAGCAGGAGUGAGAAGGAGACCGGGAAGUCUCUGGAGAGUUGUCAUCCCUCCUCGUGUAGCAGUCCAGUUACACAGGACUGCUCAGUGUCUUCGAGCAACACCCUCACAGCAACUGACUCACCUUAACUGGCUCUGGCUGACCUUGGUCUCACAUGGAGUUGCCUCAGCAUGCCAGCCAGAGUAAAGGCAGGGGGCGGACUUUAUUACAUAAGCAUGAAGUUAGGCGGAGAGCCAGUCUGUUAUGGCUGCAAAGCACAUUAAACCAGAGGAAAGACACUCGUUAACCCCUAACUAUCCAGUGUUUUUUUUCUCCUUUUUUUUAAAAGGGGUUUUUGCACUACGUUAAUAGUUUGUUUUUUAAGAGGUUCACAUUUGUGUACAUAAUUAAGUUAAAGGAUUUUAGAGAUACUUCUCUUAUGUUGUGUGUUAAAGCAGUCUGUGCACUGUUUGCCAUCUUUUCACAUCAUGUGAGGCAGCCCUUAAUGUAGCAGCUUAGGAUGUUAUAGGUAAAAGAAUCAGACGUCACCUUUAUGAAAGUGGUGGGGUGGCUUACUGGUGGUUUUGUUCAAAGUUGAUGAGAUUUUUAUGUUACAUACUUAAAUGGACUACCAUUAAGUUUUACCAUAUCCUCCAGAAACCUAAGAUGGACAUCAUCACUGUUUAUGAUUAACUUAGGAUUUAUUCAUCAGCUGUUGAAAUACACAAAGUUUCAUCCAUUUGGUAGUUUUUUUUUUGUAAUUCCGCCCACAGACGAAUCAUACUGGACUUUUGCCUCGACUCACCUCUCGCUGUGACAGAGGAGGAACAUCAUUACAACAAACACAGACAAUAAAAAAAAAAAAAGGAUCCCAGGAAAGUUUUCUCAGCUAAUCGAUUGUAGGUUAAACCACCAAAACGUGCCAAACAAAAACCAUUUUACUUUAUCUCAUCGUUCACAGGUUACACUGCUGUCACUAUUUAUUUUCCUGCCUGCAACCAACAAUAACAUCAUCUUUGUUUCUGCCGGCACAAAUUAAGGAAAGUAUGUGUUGAUCACAUAAAACUGGUACAAUCAGAGUAGGACGGGCAAACAGAAAACACUUGGCUGAAUGUCAGUCCCUAAUUUCUUGGUAGAAAAACGUUGAAAUGCUUAACGUCAAGAGUCAAAGUUAUGUAUUUAAACUUGUACGAGUUGAUGCAACUGCACUUUGGAUAGCAAGAAUUUUUUUACACAUCUGUGAACAUCCUCUGGGUUGUGAUAUUUAUUUAUAAAAGCAGUCGUUCACAGGUUCGAUUCCAUCAGCUGAUUGAAUGGGAACUUGAAUAAGUGAGUUUUAGGCUAAACUAUUUUUGGCACUGUGCAGGGAAGGGAACAAUUAAGGGAGAAAAAGUAAAUGCAGCUUUUUUAAAUUAUUUUUUUUAUUUCUACAUUUGUUACAUGUAUUGAAAGUAAAAAAUCCAGUGUGUCAAAGUGAGAGCAAAGACCAACUUCUGUGCCUCAUUUAAAACGGACUAUGACAUCAUUGUAAGUGCUGUUGAGGAUGCAAUGCAGAAUUUAAAUGAGAAAAGAUCAAUUGAACCAUUUCCAUUUCUGAACACAUUUAUUUUUUGAAUAUGUGUCAUUUGGGUUUUGUACCACACUGUAUUUAAAACCAGGUCUCAUUUCUGGUGAUUCAUCACCAGUCAGCCUUACUUUAAAUUAAACAAAAUAAUUUAAAGACAUUUGAAAUCCAUUAAACAUUGGUAAAUAAAAUAGUUUCACCAUACGUGUCAAUGCGAACCAAAUGUGCUUCUGUGUAGAUGUCUCAAGCUUUAUCAUUACUGACUUGUGCGUUAUGUUAUUUCAAAGGAGAAUUGUAAGCACAAGGCAGAAAACAAUUCUGUAGCAUAAUGUUUUAGUCAAUAAAAUGUUGCCUCAUUCAGUACAUUUUUCACUGUGCUGAGUUACACUCUUGUGAAACCGAAGUAAAAAUAGUUUUCUCAUAUGUAUGUGUGAAAAAUUUCCCUAUUUCUUUAAACAUGGACAUUGUUGGCCAUUGCUUAAUAAAAUGAAGAUAUUUUAUAUAUGAAAGACUGAUAUGGUUAGUUAAAUGACAGCCCAAGCUCAUCUGAAAUUGAUGAAGUCUAUAUUUUUCUUGCC